GAACUCUAAUUCAACUGAAGACAUUAACAUCAUAGUACAGCAGUGGGUGGGUGUACAGUGAAGGCCAGGACGCUGAAAAAGCACGUGGUGGUAUAUGUGCUCACUCGUAGGCUUUUGAUGUGACUGGAGCAGAAGCAAAGCCAUGGGAAGGCCGGUGACCGUAGCUCCUCUGAUCCUGUUUGCUGUGAUGCUGCUGGGGACUGAGGCCAAAGAUUGUGUAUGCAGUGGAAGAUCAAGGUGCCAGUGUGCCGGAGUGAAAGGCAGCCGGGGAGACAAAGGUCUUCCAGGAGCCGUCGGUCCCCUGGGGCCAGUGGGCCGUCCAGGGCCGGAUGGUCACGCCGGACCGAUGGGACCAAAGGGAAACACUGGGCCUGUUGGACCUGUGGGACCAAAAGGCGAUCCGGGACCUGAAGGAAAAGAAGGAUUUGCUGGGUCUCACGGUUUACCGGGUACCCCAGGUUUGCAAGGGCCUCCGGGAGAGCCAGGGGCUCCAGGGUGCAACGGAACAGAUGGAGACGAUGGAGAUCCUGGUACUGACGGGGUCCGUGGCUUUGAUGGACUUCCAGGUCCACCUGGUCAACCUGGACCUAAGGGUGAACCGCCGGUAUCAGUGACAGCAAUAGCAGGGCAACUUGGACCACCUGGGAUGCAAGGAGAGCCGGGAGUUUCAGGUGUCCGUGGAGAGCAAGGGCCACAAGGGGACCCUGGACCGCGAGGCUCUGAUGGUUUUCCUGGUCGUUCAGGGGCUCCGGGGCCAAAGGGUCAAGAAGGUGUAGGAGGUAACCUAGGACCUCAUGGGCCCAAGGGAAGACCAGGGCCAGUGGGCCCACCAGGCCCACCGGGUCGGAUUAAGGAGUUUUUGUCUGGGGGUCUUACAUUAAAGGGUGGAAAAGGAGACAGGGGAGCCGCUGGGGGAAAAGGCUGCAAGGGGGAACCAGGAGACCCUGGUUAUGCCUAUCUCACCAAAGGAGCAAAGGGAGACAAAGGACAGGAGGGUCCAGAGGGAAAGCUGGGGAAGGAUGGUGAUCCUGGAAUACAUGGAUUCAGGGGAAGGCCUGGCCUCAGAGGCGACCCAGGAUACCCGGGGACACCAGGAGGGCAGGGGGAAAAGGGAAACAGGGGUCCCCCUGGUCCACCUGGAGCUAUACAAGGGCCUCUGACUGAACCUCUUAAAGGAUACCGUGGAGAUCCUGGUGCCAGAGGCCAUCCUGGACUUCCCGGGCAACCGGGUGUUGUGGGGUUUCCUGGACCACCUGGACCUCCAGGCUAUGCAUCUGGGAUUUAUGUGCCAGGCCCACCUGGUCCCACUGGCUAUCCAGGCGAGAAAGGGGACCCUGGGGAGCCUGGCGGGAUUUAUCAUGGACUCCCAGGUCCUGAUGGGGAUGUUGGUGAUCCUGGGCCCCUUGGGGAUCCGGGCCCACCUGGACCUCCUGAAGACAGAACCAACAGGAUUACCAAGGGUCUCCCAGGAAUGAAGGGAGUGAGGGGUAUACCUGGACCUAUGGGAUAUGAUGGGGUGUUUGGAAUGAAAGGAGUGAAGGGGGAGCCCUGUUACAAUUGUCCUGCAGGAUCAGGACCACCAGGUCCCCGUGGUCCACCUGGCGCCCAUGGCUACACCCCAGGACCAGGUGCUAAAGGCGAUCCAGGUUACCCAGGACCAAGAGGAAUUCCUGGAAGACCAGGUCCUACUGGUGUAGCAGGAUUUCCAGGCCCUCCUGGGCAAAAGGGAGAGUCAUCUUCCUAUGACAUCCCUGGAAUAAAGGGAGAAAAAGGACAUCCAGGACAUCCUGGCAGGCCUGGCGCAGGUGGCCGCCCUGGCAUUCCUGGACUACCAGGUCGCAAAGGCAGUCAAGGAUAUCCAGGGGAUUCGUACCCCAUCACCGGUCCAGAGGGAGAUCGUGGUUUCCCGGGUCCAACAGGACUGCAAGGCAGACCAGGACCAGAUGGCUACCCUGGUCCACCGGGAUAUGGCCCUGUUGGAUUUCCAGGAAUUAAGGGAGAUGAUGGGGUGCCUGGCCUGCCAGGACUGCCUGGAACUCCAGGCCAAAAAGGGGAAUCUGGCCACUACCAUGCCAAAGGACUUCCUGGUCCACCUGGUUUUAAAGGUCGCUCUGGCUCACCUGGAGGCCGAGGUUAUAACGGAGUUCCAGGUGCCCCAGGAACACCAGGUUCGCCAGGCCAGAAAGGAGAGAGAGGUGACGUGACAUUUCCUGGAAGGCCUGGUCCUGAGGGACAGAAAGGUGACAAAGGGCAGCCAGGUCUACCAGGCCAACCAGGAUGGGGCUUGGCUGGUCGACUAGGUCCACCAGGCAUUCCUGGUCCUCCAGGACUUAAGGGUGAUGGUGGCCCUGGAUACACUGGACCUGCAGGCCUCCCGGGGCGUCCAGGAGCAGAUGGAGAUCAGGGACCUGUAGGAGAUCCUGGAAGCCCUGGCCCACCUGGGUUCCCAGGAAUAAUUGGCAUUCCUGGGGUUCCAGGAGAAAAAGGAAAUAAAGGUCUUCAAGGCCUCCCAGGACCAUUUGCUGAUAAAGAUUCAUGUAAAGGUUUAUCUGGACCAGCAGGACCACCUGGACCAGAUGGUUCUCCAGGACAUCCAGGAGCUAGUGGCUUGACUGGUGAGAAGGGGGAUGCAGGUUUGCCAGGGUUUGGUCGUCCUGGUCCCCCUGGUGAACCUGGUCUAAUUGGGCUAUCAGUGCCAGGUUCAAGUGGGCCCCCAGGACAUAAAGGGAUCAAGGGACAAGGCGGCCGUCCUGGUCAACCAGGACUGAGAGGAGACCCUGGACCAGAUGGGACAUCAGGGUAUGGACCAGAAGGAUUGCCUGGAGUUCUGGGACCGCCGGGCCAAAUAGGUGCCCGAGGCCCAGAUGGAGCCAGAGGUCUACCAGGUCCACCAGGCAUGCAUGGGGAGCCAGGUUACAGAGGUCCUCCAGGCCCUGCAUCACCAAUAAGUAUAAUAUCUGGGCCCCCAGGGGAUCCUGGUGAUCAAGGUCAGCCUGGUCUUCCCGGACCACAAGGAGAUACCGGAAGUAUUGGAGCAAAAGGGCAUAGAGGGAGAGACGGAGCACCAGGGCCUGUUGGACAAAGGGGUGCCCCAGGUAAUCCAGGUCUUGAUGGAACAGUGCACUUACCAGGAAAUCAAGGACCCCCUGGUGCCUCAGGAGACACAGGAUUCAAAGGGCUUCCAGGCCCAAAGGGAAUAAAAGGAGAACAAGGAGUCCCUGGAGGCACUGGUCCAGAUGGUGCACCUGGUUCACCUGGUUACAAAGGAGCCAAAGGAGACCCAGGCAACUGUGGAUAUGGAGUGCCGGGACCAAUAGGACAAAAGGGUGAACCAGGAUUGAUCAAUACUGAUGUGAUGAAGGGUCAGAAAGGAGAACCUGGUGUUACUGGACCUGGAGGUAUACCAGGGUACCAUGGAGCCAAAGGAAACCCAGGACCUGUUGGACACGAUGGUCCAUCGGGUUAUCAAGGACCUAAAGGUUCAGAUGGACCUCCAGGAGCGAAAGGACACAGAGGACCUUACGGACCAGCAGGUCACCCUGGUCCAUCAGGAAUAGGUGGUGUUCCAGGUCCUAAAGGCCACCAGGGCCGGGAUGGGUUCCCUGGACCACCAGGGCAAAAAGGAGAUACUAUCGUGAUAGGAGGGACUCCUGGCCCACAUGGUGAUCCAGGUCAACCAGGUCCUGCUGGAAGCCCCGGUCCACCUGGCUUGUCUGCUACAGGGUAUCCUGGACCGACAGGAGACAGAGGAUUACCAGGUCCACCUGGGCUUUCUGGUCCAAGAGGAUCACCAGGAAGAGAAGGAGCUUGUCUGCCUGGGUCAAAAGGAGAUCUGGGUUAUCCUGGAAGUCCAGGUUCACGAGGCUAUCCUGGCUCACCUGGUCCUCCUGGUCCCACAGUGCCAGGGUUAAAAGGAGAACCAGGAGACCUUGGUCCAAUAGGAAGCCCAGGCUAUAGUGGACCCCCAGGAGAUCUGGGCCCUCAAGGACCACCUGGUGUAAGAGGCAGACCUGGAGGACAGGGACCAAGAGGUGAUCCUGGUCCUCCUGGACACCAAGGGCCUCUGGGUUACAAGGGAGACCCUGGAUACAGCCCAGGCCCACCUGGACCGCCUGGGAUGAAAGGUUUUCCUGGACGACCUGGCCUCAAAGGUGAACCAGGAAUUGGCAGAUGGAUGUAUAAACCAGGACCAUCCGGCUUACCUGGUCCCAAUGGCAAUCGAGGACCUCCAGGGAUAGCAGGACCACCAGGACCACCAGGCCGUUCAGGCCGGCCGGGCAUCAAAGGAGCACCUGGUCGGGGCCCAGUCGGCCCACCGGGGUUUACUGGCCACAAAGGAGACAAAGGAAGAGCAGGAUUACCAGGUCCACGUGGCAGACUUGGAGAUCCAGGCAACAAGGGUCCUUCAGGGUUACCGGGCAGAGGCAGCCCGGGUUUUGUUGACACUUUCCUGAUAGCUAGACACAGUCAGAGCAUCCGUGUCCCUGACUGCCCUACUGGCACUAGCCUUAUGUUCUCAGGCUACUCCUUCCUCUUCAUCAACGGAAAUGAGAGAGCUCACGGUCAGGACCUUGGUACCAUGGGCAGCUGUCUCCCUCGUUUCUCCACAAUGCCCUUCAUGUUCUGCGACACCGAGAGCAACUGCCGCUACGCUUCACGUAACGACUACUCCUACUGGUUGUCCACUGACAAGCCAAUGCCUGCUAACAUGGUUUCAAUCACAGGGGAUGGGCUGGCCUCGUACAUCAGCAGGUGCUCAGUGUGUGAAACCACCUCCAAUGUUAUUGCCGUGCACAGCCAGACAACUCGGAUUCCUGAAUGUCCUCGAGGCUGGGAGUCCCUGUGGAGUGGAUACUCAUUUGUCAUGCAAACUGGUGCUGGUGCAGACGGCUCCUCCCAGCCGCUGGUUUCUCCUGGCUCUUGUCUGGAAAGCUUCCGUCAAGUGCCCUUCAUCGAGUGUCACGGCAGGGGGACGUGCAACUACUACCCUGAUUCCUAUAGCUACUGGCUGGCCUCGCUGGACCCUAAAAGCAUGUUCAGUAAAACCAUUCCUCGGACAGUGAAGGGGCCGUCCACGCUCGAUGUCAUCAGCCGUUGUCGAGUCUGCAGGAAGUCGUCAUCUGGCGGGGAUCAGAGACGUGGGGACAAUUAAUAUUUAACAUCGAGCAUUUCCUGUUUUUCAGUGUCAUUUAAAGCUGCUGUAAAUGUUAUCAUCAGUUGGCUCACCACUUCUCCGUUUUUCAGUUAGCAAUCCCCUCGCUGUCACCACACGAAUGUGCAGCAUUAAUCGCCAGACAUUGCAGCAAACAGGAGGACCCUGCUGUCUGCGCUUAUACAAGCGGACAGGACCGCCUCUUUUUUGUGAGUGUUGAUAAAGUUUUUAAAACAAACUAGUGCAGACAGAACAACAAAAGCAAACAAACAAACAAACAAACAAACAAAAGCGACAGGGAGAAAUAUGAGAGAGAGAAAAAAUACAUAUAUACCGACAUGUGUACACAAUCGGGAGCCCAAGUGGAGACAGGCAGGUCGGGACAGUAAAUGAAUAUCAGCUAUCCCCUUCAAGGUUUGUUUGUUUGUUCUGUGUUUGGCUGUUUGUUUUGGAGCUUUGGACCGCUCCCAGAAACGAAGGAGGAUGCUGGACCAUUUUUGUCCUCUCCAUGCUGGACCAGUCUCAGACCGAUUAGACGGGAGUCUGUACAAUGAGGAAGGAUUGCUUUUUAUUUCAUUUUUAUUUAUCUAUAUUAUCGUAAGAGGUAGGGAGGGGGGUAACCAUGCCAGGACAGGACCCCCUCUUAAUGGAAUUUUCUGCCCUGAUUGGAUAAAGUGGGCAGGGAUACCAGAAGAGAGAGAUGGGUUACUGACCAAACACUCUAUUACAGCAAUUACUGCAAUUUAGAGCCACUUCAUAGAUUGUUUUAAGAGAAAUGUGUCACUUACAGCAGCUUUAAAGAAUGAAGAUAUGAGAAAUGUGAGAUAAAAACUGUCUAGAUGGUGUGUGGUGUUCAUAUUUGUUUGGUGAACGGGUGCAAAUCUGAAUCGAAUAUCUACAUCUACAAUGCUACAUCUUACAUUCUUCUAUUUUUUGUGAUUUUCCCUUAUGUCUUUUAAUAUAAUAAAUAACCGACAAUUAGAUAUUGAACACAAGCUAUCCGAGACCUCGACAAUCCUAGGUUGUGAUCAUGUGUACCUUCAUUGAUAAUAGCACAGCACCCACCUUGACUAUGUACCAAAUGUCCUGAUCUGUGCGGACAGCCAAACUACUACUUUCACCUCUUGAUACAGUGCUGAUUUGUGGCUUCUUUCCAUGUACCUAGAGGAGAUCUGGUUGAAUCUGGUAAAAAAAAAGUUUGAGUCUGUCACAACAAAUGACACACGCGUUCCUGUGACAUCUUGAGAGGAAGCGUGCCAUAAAUGUGACGCUCGCUGUGGGAUUGUUAUGUUGUCGUGUUUUCACCCGCAGAUAUCGUGCGUCACUUGUGCCGGUCGCUGUAAAAAGCUUUUCUUUGAUGUUAAAUGGUGCAUGGAAGAAGCUCACGUAUUAUGAGUCACGCUGCCUGCAACUUUUUCCAGAUCCAUUUCAAAAUUAACCUGCUAAAUGAAAGGCAGCGCUGCAAUCAAACUGCUGCUACUGCCUCUGUGGCUUCAGGACAGAAAAUGCGCAUUAGGAUCCCGAGAGUAAACAGUACGUGUUGGAAAUUAUUUUUUUUUAUUUUUUGUUGUGUCAUUUUGGGGUGGCAAUAUGAAAAUAAAACACAAAUCAAGUGAAA